CCGUGUUGCGUUUGGGUUAGAGAAAGUUGUCCGUUUCCUUUGGAGUAAGAAGGCCGCUAACUUGCAUUGGCCUCAGCGAUCAUGGGGAAGCUGGACGUGGUGAUGCUUCGGUACCUCUCCAGGGAUCACUUUAGAGUCCUGAUAGCGGUGGAAAUGGGCAUGAAGAACCAUGAAAUAGUUCCUGCUAGCUUAAUUGCUUCUAUUGCCAGCCUUAAACAUGGUGGCUGUAAUAAGAUUUUGAGAGAGCUGGUGAAGCAUAAACUUCUAGCUUAUGAACGAACUAAAACUGUCCAGGGUUAUCGGUUAACUAAUGCAGGAUAUGAUUACCUUGCUUUGAAAACUCUGUCUUCCCGACAAGUCAUAAAUUCUGUUGGAAACCAGAUGGGUGUUGGCAAAGAAUCAGAUAUUUAUAUUGUUGCAAAUGAAGAGGAGCAACAGUUUGCAUUGAAGUUGCACAGGCUUGGAAGAACUUCCUUUCGCAGUCUGAAAAAUAAACGUGACUACCACAAGCACAGGCAUAAAAUGUCGUGGCUGUAUUUAUCCCGGCUAGCAGCAAUGAAGGAGUUUGCCUACAUGAAGGCUUUGCAUGACAGAAAUUUUCCUGUCCCAAAACCUAUAGACUUCAACAGGCAUGCAGUUGUUAUGGAACUUAUUGAUGGCUAUCCAUUGUGUCAGGUGCACCAGCUGGAAGAUCCUUCAUCUGUCUACAGUGAGUUAAUGGAUCUGAUUGUAAAACUCGCCAGUCACGGCUUGAUCCAUGGUGAUUUCAAUGAAUUUAAUCUCAUACUGGAUAAUGAAGACCGUGUCACUAUGAUUGACUUCCCUCAGAUGAUAUCAACAUCUCAUGUGAAUGCUGAAUGGUAUUUUGACAGAGAUGUGAACUGUAUUAAGGAGUUCUUUAAGAAACGCUUCAGCUACGAGAGUGAGCUCUUCCCAUCAUUCAAAGACAUCAGGAAAGAGUGUUCUCUUGACAGAGAGAUUGCUGCCAGUGGCUGUGCAAAAGAAAUGGAGGAAGAUGCUGAACUGUUGUACCCACCAGGUUCUGAUGAGGGUGAUAAUACAACAGAGAUACCAGAAUUUGUAGAAGAUGCUGAGAAUAAGCUCACCUCCUUCAGAAAAAAGAAGGAAAACAAUGCAGACUUUAUAGAUAAAGUAGGUGAUUUCUCUGAAAGCAGAACCUUUAACAGCUUCAUGUGUAGUAAUGAAGAAGCCAGUUCAAGUGAAAGUAGUGAAAAUACACUGAAUAUGUCAAAGUUGAGUUCAGCCCUAGAAAAAGUUGAAGAGGAAGCUGUGCUUUGCAAGUCCAGUGAAGAUGCAGAGAGUUCUACAAUUUCUAAGGGCAAAAACAUAACUGAAAAUGCUGCUGAAACUGAAAGCCAGACAGAACAAGGAGAGUUCUGUAAUAAGGAAGAUGAAGAAAAAUGCCCUGAUCUGAUCGACUUGUCAACUUUAAAUGAGAAAUUCAGUAAUUACAGAAAUGAAGAUGGUGUCGUUCAUAUUGCUGAACACAGAACAAGGACUAAAAGUGUCACAUCAGUCAGAAGUGUUGGGAGCUGUUCAACCAUUCCAGCGGAACUGGUGAAACAGAAGGUAAAACAUCAACUUACCAAACAUCAAAAAUCUGCUCUGAGGCGACGGCUGCAAAAAGGAGAGGCAAAUAUUUAUACGAAACAACGUCGAGAAAAUAUGCACAACAUCAAGUCAAGCUUGGAUGCAGCUAGUUUCUGGGGAUGAGGUGUUAAAGCUCCCAUAGAACAUGAGCAAACUCAAAAUGUGUGUAGUUGAAAGAAUUAUGCUAAUAAUCAGUAAUACUUUUAUAUAAUGCAGUAAUCUCUUUCUAUACAACCAAGUAUUUUUCUGGAAGUUUGUAAAUGUAAUUCUGGUUCCUGUGACUUUGACAGGGGGAUUUUGUUUUGUGUUUGUCAUUAAAACUGUUGACUGUAAUUUAAAUUGUAUCAGGAGUACUGGCUAAAGUAAUUUACAUCUAGUAAUUUCCAACAGUAUCUUGUAAAUCAGCAGUAGUGUGUUUUCUUAGAUUCACUUGUUUGCUUAAGCGGGAGAGAAGGGGAAAUUUUUUAAACCUAAUUUGCAAUGAUGUGAAAUUUAAAUUUGAAAUGUUACCCUGUAAUAACAGAUAUUUGUUUGGAUUAAUUAAAAAUCACAAAUGCUAACCUGUUAGCAGUUAGUACUCUCAGAUUUCUUUUGUACCUUUACAAACAUAAGCUAUCCAUAUUCAUGAAGCCAGGAAUUCUUACUUACUUCUUCCUUCACACCAAGAUGACAUGUAUAGUAAUAACAGUGUUGUACAGACCUGGCAAGCAAGAUUACCUAUAAAUGUACCUGUAAGGUUACCUAUAAAUGUAAUUCCUCUACUAACUUAGGUAAAGUGAUGAGGUUUUGGAACUUCUCUUUUCAAAAAUAUUACCAUGACUUCUGUAGUGCUAUCUCCUUGGGGUCUGAAGACGUAGAAGAUAAACAUGUAUCUUCAUUUUUUGUAUUUGUUUUUUAAUGUCUAGUAAUAAAGUUUAAUGGUGCUUAUAUUUAAAAAACACAUAAGGAGGAAAGUGUUUGUGAACACAGAAGCAAGAGAGCAAUUUAAAUUUUUCUGUGUUCUUCUAACCUUUUCACUGUUGAAAUAUGCAAUGGAGCACUGCUGGAGAAGGAUAGUUUUGUAGAGUUCAAAUGACUGAACUAUAGUUUGGAAAAUCUUGGAAUCCUUUACUUGCUUGAGUAUAAGAAAUGAGGACUUUGGCCUUGAUUUGACUGAUGUGGUUUUCUGCUCACAUGUUUGAUGCUGUGUGCCCUUUGCCCUGUGACACAUGUAAUACCUUACUCAGGUUUUAGCCUGUUGAAGGUCUGCAGCGUCUGUCC